GGUGCGCAUUAUUGCAUCAGAUCCUACGUUCAAGAUGGCAGACGAAAAGAGGAAAGAAGUUCAGGAGAGUAUUAAAAAGCAAGGCGAGAUUGUGCGUCACUUGAAAGCAGUAAAAGCUGAUAAGGACAAGAUCAAAGAAGAGGUUGACAAACUUUUGGCUCUAAAGGCACAGCUUGGAGAUGGACCAACUCAGAAAUAUGUGCUCAAAACAGCCAAGGGCACAAGGGAUUACACCCCCAGACAGAUGGCCAUCAGGGAGGGUGUUUUCAAGGUGAUCAUUGACACCUUCAAGCGUCAUGGAGCUGAGACCAUUGAUACACCAGUCUUUGAACUAAAGGAGACCCUGACAGGGAAGUAUGGAGAGGACUCCAAGCUCAUCUAUGAUCUCAAAGACCAAGGAGGGGAAUUACUUUCACUCAGAUAUGAUCUCACUGUUCCCUUUGCCCGUUAUGUAGCGAUGAAUAAGAUUGCCAAGAUCAAGAGAUACCACAUAGCCAAGGUUUAUAGGAGAGAUAACCCUGCUAUGACCAGAGGAAGAUAUAGAGAAUUCUAUCAAUGUGAUUUUGACAUUGCUGGUCAGUAUGAUGCAAUGAUACCUGAUGCUGAGUGUGUCAAGAUCGUCCAUGAGAUCCUGUCAAACCUCAAACUAGGAGACUUUGUUAUCAAGGUGAAUCAUAGGCAGAUAUUAGAUGGAAUGUUUGAAGCGUGUGGUGUACCAGAUGACAAGUUUAGGACAGCAUGUUCUGCUGUAGACAAGCUAGACAAAACUUUCUGGGAAGAUGUACGAGCUGAGAUGGUAGAUGAGAAAGGUAUUGAUCCUGCAGCAGCUGACAGGAUAGGUUUCUUUGUCCAACAAAAUGGUGGUCCAGAGCUGGUAGAUAAGCUUCUUACUGAGUCAUCACUCAAGGAUAAUAAGGCUGCUAAACAAGGUCUGGAAGCUAUGAGACUACUCCUACAGUAUUGUGAGAUCUUGGGUGUGCUAGACAAGGUAUCAUUUGACAUGAGCUUAGCCAGGGGGCUAGACUACUACACAGGAGUAAUAUAUGAAGCUGCUCAAGGAGCAGAGUGCUUGCCUACCAAGUCAGGGGAGCAGGUGGGCGUCGGCUCCGUCGCUGGAGGCGGUCGCUAUGACAACCUUGUAGGCAUGUUUGAUGCCAAGAACAAGAAGGUACCAUGUGUUGGAGUGAGUAUUGGUAUAGAGAGGGUGUUUUCAAUAAUGGAAGCCAAGGCACAGCUGUCAAGCAAUGUUGUACGGACCAUCGAGACUCAAGUCCUGGUAGCAUCAGCUCAACCUAACAUGCUUGAAGAGAGGAUGAAGCUCUGUAAUCAACUCUGGUCUGCUGGUAUCAAGGCUGAGAUGUCAUACAAGAAAAAUCCCAAGAUGUUGGACCAAUAUCAACAGGCUGAGAAGUACAGUAUUCCUCUGUUAGCUGUGAUAGGAGAACAAGAACUCAAGGAUGGGGUCAUCACUCUUAGGAAUUCAGCCACAAGGGAAGAGAAUCAAAUACAAAGGUCAGAUCUUAUACAAGUCAUAAAGGAGAAGUGCGAUACAGAAAACUGGUAGUGAGACUGGGCCAAGAAGUCAUCUUCUUCAACUAAGCUAAACAUAUUUGCCUUUCCAGACUAUUUUUGUUUACUGUGAUUUGAUGAGAACCCGAGGGGCAUUAACCCCUGUUUGGUGUUUAGCAUGUAUCUGAUGCAGUCUUCAUAUCUGGUUCAAAAUGGUUUGAUUUAAUACCCUUUUGUGUCAGAAUGGUAUUAAUGUUUAACACAUGACUGCUUACCCUGUGUUGUCAUAUAAAUUCAUAUUUUGUUUGAAACAUAUAUUAAAAAUGAGUUGUAUUCCUGUAAUUAUUGUCUUGAAGAUUGAAAAAAUCUUUACAAAGUUGUGCAUUUACUGUUUACGCCAUAUAUUUUGCAGACAUGAAUUUUCGUGAAAGGGACUAGCCAGACCAAUUCGCAAGUGAAUAAUUUCGAGAUUGGAAACUUCCUAAAACAUUGAAUAUUCCAUGUACUGAAGUUUUAAGUGUUUGGCGCAAUUUUGAUUUUAAUUUUGACUUUAUAAAAAUAAUUUAUUUCUAGUAUUUCUUUAUAACAUUUCGGGAAAAUUACUGUUGCUCUUGGCUGUAAUUCUUUUAACACACUAUCGCAGCAUUCCAGCAUGUGUACGAUCCACAGACAAACUUGCACCAUCAAGUUUCUGAUAAUGCUGUGGCUCUGUUUUGAAAUGAUGUAAUCUGGCAUUGCACAAUACAGGGAAAAUAAAUGCUGUAAACUUAAUAACAUUAUAUAUAUAUAUAUAUAGUAAACCAUCGAUGACUUGUGUUAGACAUCCAUUUCUUAAUCACAUUUUAUUUGUUAAGUAAUGUACUACUAGUAGUAUAAAACAAUGAAAAGAAAUGAUAACAAAUUUGAGCUUGCCAUUCUGAAACUGGGCACUUACUCAAAAUCUUUUUUUUUUAUUUGUUUAAUGAUGAUUGAUGAAUAGUUUCCUGAUCCUUGUCAUUACUCAUCUGAGCACAGUACUUUAUUCAAGUUCAACACGAACAUCGCUCUGUGUCCUCUUUGUUGAUGAGUCUCAGGGUGUGUUUAUGCUCAACUUUUUCUGGCCAGAAUCAGGCAUCUGUUACGCGUUUAGUUCAAAACAUGGUAGCGUCCUUUCUCAUUUUUGUAGAAUCACCGAAAAACGGAUCGCCGAUCGUAAACUCACAAAAAGGUGCGUUUACGAUCGGCGAUGCUACAAAAUCGGCGAUUCUGGGAAGAAUAAACGCAAAAUCAUUUGUAAACACGUUUAAAUGUGGUCAAUGCACUGACCUCUAUUGGGUCUACGUAGCAUGCGCAGUGCAGGUUUGCGAAUCCAGCUGCAAGGCCACCCUGCCAGAUUUGCCUGGAGGAGCCAGAGAAGUGAGCAUAAACAGUACACCGUGGAACUGCGAUUACGAUGAGCGUUUCAGAUUGCUCAUUCUACCUUCAAAAUCAAGCAUAAACGCACCCUCAAUAACAAUCAUUAUGUCAGUCAAGCAAGUUCAAUCAAAUCUUAAACCAAAUUUGAAACUAUUGUUGAAUGUUGUUUUUAUAACACCCGAUUGAUUACUAGGAUGGAUAGAGGUGAAUAACAUCAUCAAAACUUAAACAUAUCUAAUGAAACAUAUGUUUCUAGGGUGGUCUUUCUCCCAAUGCCCAUUCCAUUCAGAGUCAUCAAUGUCAUGAGCAGCCCUGCCACAUUCCUGGCACAGAUUGUGUGACAAAAAUAUGCAUUAUACAGGUGUUUUGGUCUUGUACAACUGCUUUUCUCUUGGAAAAUUGUACCUUUCCUCCCACGCGUAAAUGGAAUUGCUCUUGAUCCAGUGCAGCUUCUACUGUACCGUAUACAUAGUACCUUGCUCCAUAGGCGCAUCUGGUGAGGCAGCCUUGCCUAGGCUAGGAUCGCAUACACUGAUCAUGGUAGCUUUAGAUAUCUACUGUUUGUAAGUGCAUUAUGUUCGUUGGCAAUAUUUUAGCUUGUUGUUAAAUUUGUGACCCAUCACUGAUUCCCAAAAUUCACGAAAAUAAUACCUCUACGAAAUAUAUGGCAUAUACAGUACGUCUUUUUAAUGCCUGUUUGGUUCUCAACAGCAUGCUAUGUUUGUCGACCUAAUGUGGUUGACCCGCUGUAGAUGGUUCUGUUUUUAUUUUACACACGUUAUCUAUGUUAUUCCCAGUGUCUCUGAAUGAUUGGCUGGUAUUCACAAUAGCAUACAAACUAAUGAGUUCAAGUUGAUAUCCCACUAAGUGGGUAGAGGUAGGCCACUGAGUUAUGGAGUGAAGAGUUUUGACUACUUCAUGCCAGGGAAAAAAUAUGGUAAUUCUGGCACUAAAUGAAUAAACAAAAUAUCAUGUCCAUUGUCCACAACAUUUCUAUUUCACAACAUUUUUUUUUGCUGUUGAACAAUUUACUUUGUUCAUGUACCAGUAAUUAUAAUUGCAGUAAAUUGUAUGGAAUGGGAAUGCAGACACUUGGCAUUCCAUGAUUGUCUGUAAUUCAGUGUUUCAUAAGUUUGACCCAUUAUGUUUCAUCUUGUAUAAGAAAUAUUGCCACGUAAAUUCUUUCAUGUUUGAGGUAGCAAUGAUUUUGAAAAAACAAAGAAUAAUUUUUGCUUUCAUUACAAAAAGUCUUCAUUUAUAAAUACAUUUGUAAACAGAUUUGUUCUUCUCACAAACUUCAUGACAGGAUAUGUCAAAGGUAUCAAUGGAAAAGCUUUGCUUUAGGUGAAGAUGUUUCCCUCUUGUAUUACCGGUAUGUCUUCUCUCUGUUUUUAUUCGAAAAGAUGUUGUCAUAUAUCUGGAAAACAGUUGGAUAACAUUAUCCCAAUUGUUUUCCAGGUAUAGUUUGGGAUAUAUGAUGAAAAUGGUUUAUACCAUCUUAUACAAACUCCUCUCUCUCUCUCUCUUCCUCUCUCUCUCUCUCUUCCUCUCUCUCUCUCUCUCUCUCUCCUCUCUCUCUCUCUCUCUCUCUCUCUCAUUCCUCAUACUAGUAUGUCUACUCCUUGUUCUCUUGUGCCUCGCUCUAUCCCCAUAAAUUCACAUUCCUGCCUUGUUUCUCUCCUUGUACAUCUCCCUUGACUCGAUUGCAAAUGCUUUCCAAAAAUCAAAGUCAGGUUAGUUCAAUACCAUUGUCCAUCCCCUGAAAUAUGUGAACAUUACAACGAUGUAUUACAUAACUCAAACAUGAUUUAUGAGGGAACUACAAAACAGUAUUGAAAUUUCCCUCGAGUUCAUGUUGAAGUCGUCUUUGCGAUCAUGUUACUUUAGCUUUAAUUAGAGGGUUUUUUUCUACACUUCUUUAGAAAUGAAUAGUUUAAAUACAUGGGUAUUUUAGUUUGUAACUCCUUCUCCUAUUCAGAUAAAUACAUGUACCUAUAUUUAGUAAUACAUGUUGCCUUAUUGUUUUUUUACGCAAAUAUGUAAAAGAAUGUUCCUUUUUGUUGCGCUAUUGUAACAAUUAUGUAAUAAAAUAUGACAGAUAUUGUCCAAUGUAUUCAUGUC